ACUGCCGUUCGGAAUUUCCCUGUGAUCCACCUUGAUUACAUGCCGGUAAACCUGUCGCUGGUUUCUUGGGCAAGCGUUUCAUCGUCAGUUAAUUCUUAAGGAAAGGGAGUUUGUGAUACCUAUGGGAGUUAUUUCCAAGUCAACGAAGUUGAUAUUACAACAGGGCACACGCUUAUUCUUAUCACCGAUCGCGAUUAGUCUCCCUUUUUCUAGCUCUCGUUCCAACAUGGCCUGCAAUCCUGUCACAGAGGCGUCUGCAAGACAGCUCUUGAGUGAUGUUGAUAACUUUGUUUUCGAUUGUGACGGUGUGCUCUGGGAUGGAUUGACUGCUAUUGAAGGUAGUCCCGAAACACUGAAACGUCUAAAGAAACUGGUGGAUUGUGUAUUGGUUGGCUUUGAUCCUCACCUCAGCCUCAACAAGAUGGUGAAGGGAGCGUCCUAUGCUAGGAGGGAAGGGUCGCUGUUCCUAGCUACUAAUGAGGACUCCCACCUUCCCCUCAGGAGUGAGGUGACCAUCCCAGGUACGGGAAGCAUAGUGGCUGCAGUCAAGGUACCAGCCCGCCGAGAACCCAUUGUGAUAGGCAAGCCCAACCCAACCAUAUUUAAUGUCCUGAAAGAGGCCCACGGACUCGACCCAAGUAGGACCUUGAUGGUGGGAGACAGGUGUAACACAGACAUAGCCCUAGCUAAGAACUGUGGACUGCACUCACUCCUCGUGUUGUCAGGUGUUGUGAGCCAGGAAGACGUUGACAGGGACAAAGUUUCGUCAGACCCAGCAAUCACAUGCAAUCUGCCGGACCAUGUUGCAAACUGUCUAUGGGAGUUUGGGAAGCACAUUCCAGAUGCUCUUUGAUGUUGACUAUUCAUUAGGAAUCCAUUUAUUUAUUUUUGUUUGUGAAAAUAAUCAAACGCUGAGUAAUUUAAUUUGUGCUUUAAUUUUGUAUUGAUAAAGUGUCCCAGUUUUGUUCCAGAAACAAAGUUAUAGGGAUUUAAUAUCUGUCACACAACAUUGUCAAAAGUCUGUAAUCUAAAUUGACAAAGUAUCAGAAGGGUAACAGUUUCCAGGAUAGAUUCCAUGGAAAUGUAGUGAUAAGAGAACUUCACAGUGAUAUAAAUGUUAUAUACCAAUAUCAGUUUUGUGGUAACUUCAUUUUAAUCAGUCUGUAAGGAACACACAGAAUACCAAGUGUUGAUCACAUUAGUUUUGUCACCAGGAUGUGACCUAUGACCCUGAGUGUCAAACAGUUUAUAUAUAUAACUUUGUCAGCUCAUGGCUAAUACAUUUCUGUGUUCUGAAGUAGAUCUCCACACCUCUGUGUUGUUCUGAAGUAGAUCUCCACAUUUCUGUGUUGUUCUGAAGUAGAUCUCCACACCUCUGUUUUGUUCUAAAGUAGAUCUCCACAUUUCUGUGUUGUUCUGAAGUAGAUCCCCACACUUCUGUGUUGUUCUGAAGUAGAUCUCCACACUUCUGUGUUGUCCUGAAGUAGAUCUCCACACCUCUGUGUUGUUCUGAAGUAGAUCUCCUGUUCUGAAGUAG